AUGUCUCUUGCCGCCACCACUGAACCCAUCGCGCUCGUCACCUUACCUGAGGUACGUAUACCUGAGGCAGCGCACACUCGUGGCGGUACACACUCGAUCGCAAGCCAAGGAUCCGAUGACACCGCCGUGAACCUUGACGACGCCGACGCUGAAGGUCAAUGGGAGUCAUCGAGGCGUCUGAGUCUGGAGUCCGACGGCGGCGAUGACUGGUACAGAUCAGGGCAUAUCACACCCAAAUGGAAAACAGGCCUAUUCGUGGCAAGUCUGCUCGCUGCUGGCGGUGGUUUGGGGGCUUUUUACGGUUACGUCUUCACGAAACCCGACCAGAAAAGAGGCACCUCAGACACCCCUGUCACAGUCUCGAUCACAUCCACUCCUGACAUCAUGAGCGUACCCACUCCGACCGUCACCGGCGUAACGACGUCGACAACGUCAGAUCUUGAUCCGGUCUCGGCGUCCAGAGUGCCCCUGCCGUUCGGCACUCCUGCCCCCUCUACACUCCAGAGCAUCGAUUGGGCGAACCCAAUCAACAUCCUGUCGACGGUGGGGACGCAGUCAACAGCGGAUCCGACGAUCACGGUGACGCCGACGAUGCCCGUGCAGGGAGGAGAGGCCUGA